UCGAGCGCGCAACCUUCCUUCAGCGCAGGCAUAUCUAGUAGUGUUGAUUAUAUUACGCACGGGGUUGGGUAUAAAUACAAGUAAAUCCUGGGUAAGGGCUUUAAAUCCAGCUCCCAACUUCAUACUCCAAAAUACAAGAGAGAUUCACUGAGGAAAGAUGAAAACCGUUGUGAGCCUGUGUCUCGUGCUGGCGUUCGCCGCCUAUCACCAAGUCGAGGCGUACUCCUACGCAUCGUACUGCCACCCAGCCUACCAAUCAUGUCACGUGUUCGUCUGCGGGUCGAACUUAUUCCAAGUCCCAGCCGGAAGCCAUUACGGAUGCUGCACCGGGCAGAUCGUCGACCGUCGGAGAUAUGUCUGCGUUAGUAUCUCAGGAACAGCGCAGAUUGUGUCGUACAAUAGUGCUCACCAUCAUACAUGCAGCAACGGCCACUUGAUCUAUCGUCAUUGGAGGUGUGAUGGAGAAAACGACUGUCGCGAUGGCUCGGACGAGACCGGAUGCGGAAGCUGCUCGAGUUCCCAGUUCCGUUGUCGUAACGGUCGCUGUGUGAGCAGGAGCUGGGUGUGUGACAAGGAUAACGACUGUGGCGAUGGUUCAGAUGAGGUUCAGUGCAAUCGCGCCGGUGGGGGCUGGUGUGGAGCCGGACGAUAUCGCUGUGAUAACGACAGGUGCAUCCCCCGGAAUUGGGUCUGUGACCGUGAUAAUGACUGUGGAGACGGCUCAGACGAGACCGGAUGCAGGGGGGUGUAUGGAAAGAGGACCCUUAAGAAGAAGGACGAUCAAAACAAGCAAGACUCUAAACAGCUGGAUGAUAUCCUGGACGAGUCGACCGUGAAGAAGGUGGAAAGUGAAGACAUGGCACAACCAGUGAAUGACGAGAACUCAGCAGCGGCGAAGGCGCGUGCCAAGAAAUACCCGCCAAAAACCGGUAAAGUUGACGCUGAAGAAGAAGACAAAGAGCCAGCGGUGCCAAAUAGCCCGAAGAAAACCGGAUAAGCAAAAAAAAAAAACGUUUAUGUACUACUUUUUUUGCAAAAUAGCUUCUCAAAGUUAAAGAACAAGUUGCGUAGAGUCGUAAAGUGUUAAAAGUAGCUUUUUUCAUAAUAAAGUGAUGAUAUAAAAGAAA